AUGACAACCUAUCCAAUCUCUUCAAAUCUUACCAACCUCAAGGAUAUCUGGUAUACCAUGAUUGGUAUCCCAGGAUUAGAAGAUGCACACAUAUGGAUCUCCAUCCCCAUCUGUUGCAUGUACAUAGUAGCUAUUGUAGGCAAUGCCCUCUUAUUAUUCCUGAUCUUUACUGACCACAGUCUUCAUGAGCCCAUGUACCUUUUCCUCUCCAUGUUGGCUGUAGCAGAUAUGUUACUCUCCACAGUCACCACACCAAAGAUGCUAGCAAUCUUCUGGUUCCAAGCUGGGAGUAUUUCUUUUGGUAGCUGUGUGUCUCAGAUGUUUUUUCUUCACUUCAUCUUUGUGGCAGAGUCUGCCAUCUUGCUGGCCAUGGCAUUUGACCGUUAUGUGGCCAUCUGCUACCCACUUAGAUAUACAACCAUUUUAAGGACCUCAGCCAUUGGAAAAAUGGGUGUUGCCGCUGUGACUAGGAGCUUCUUCAUCUGCUUCCCUUUGAUUUUUCUGGUUUAUCGGCUCACUUACUGUGGGAGGAAUGUUAUUCAUCACUCAUACUGUGAACACAUGGGCAUUGCCAGGAUGGCCUGUGACAACAUCAAAGUCAACAUCUACUAUGGAAUGACUGUUGCCCUAUUUUCCUUUUGCCUAGAUGUGGUGCUUAUCAUCAUCUCCUAUGCUCUUAUACUUUGCACUGUCUUUCAAAUUCCCUCCCAAGAUUCCCGACUCAGGGCUCUGGGUACUUGUGGCUCCCAUAUCUGUGUGAUUCUCCUGUUCUAUACACCAGUUUUCUUUUCCUCCCUGGCUCACCGGUUCGGAGGCCACAGCCUUCCACGCCAUGUGCAUAUCCUUAUUGCUAAUCUCUAUGUGGUGGUACCACCCUUUCUCAACCCUAUUAUUUAUGGAGUUAAGACCAAAAUUCAGGAGAGGUUUAUUCAGGUCUUCUCUUUGAACAAGAUUUAUGUGGAUAAACACCAAAGAUCUUAA